AUGCCGAGCAACUCUGGCGCCCAAAAGCUCUUCCAUGCAGAUAUCUGGGAGGUCGGGCUCCCGAGCCGCUGUUCUGACCCACUAGCCCUCGCUUUGGCAGCACUUCGUCCUGACACGACCGAGGGCGAGUACCGCGGCAGUGGUCCCCGGGAGGAGAUUGUGUAUGUGCCCUGCAUCUACAGGAACACUGGGAGGAAGAAACCUGACUUUCUGGCCACUGUGGAUGUCAACCCCAAAUCUCCGCACUAUUGCCAGGUGAUCCACCGCCUGCCCAUGCCCAACCUGGGGGACGAGCUGCACCACUCGGGGUGGAACACCUGCAGCAGCUGCUUCGGGGACGCCACCAAGAAGCGGAACCGCCUGAUCCUCCCCAGCCUCAUCUCCUCCCGGAUCUAUGUGGUGGAUGUGGGAACCGACCUGCGAGCCCCCAGGCUUUUCAAGGUUGUCAACUCAGAGGACGUCUUCUGGAAGUGCAACCUGGGCUACCCCCACACCUCCCACUGCCUGGGCAGCGGUGAAAUCAUGAUCAGCGCCCUGGGAGACCCGGCUGGCAGCGGGAAAGGGGGCUUUAUUCUGCUGGACGGAGAGACCUUCGAGAUCAAGGGGAACUGGGAGAAAGGGGACAAGAUCCCCCCAAUGGGUUAUGACUUCUGGUACCAGCCACGCCAUAACGUCCUGAUCAGCACUGAAUGGGGAAUCCCAAAAUUCCUGGGGUAUGGGUUUGACCCAAAUGACCUGAAGAAAGGGCGCUACGGAUGCCGCCUCAACGUGUGGGACUGGACCACCCACACUUACGUCCAGGCCGUCGACGUGGGCGAGGACGCAGCCCCCCUGGAGAUCCGCUUCCUCCACAACCCCGACGCCGCCGAAGGCUACGUGGGCUGCACCAUCAGCAGCGCCAUCCACCGCUUCUACAAGACCGAGCAAGGAGACUGGGCGGCCGAGAAGGUGAUCCAAAUCCCCAGCAAGAAGGUGGAGGGAUGGCUCCUCCCGGACAUGCCAGGCUUCAUCACCGACAUCCUCAUCUCGCUGGACGACAGGUUCUUGUACUUCAGCAACUGGCUGCACGGAGACAUCCGCCAGUACGACAUCUCCGACACCCGCAAGCCCAAGCUGGUGGGACAGGUCUUCGUGGGUGGCAGCAUCACCAAGGGAGGGCCCGUGACGGUGUGCAGGGACGAAGAGCUGCAGGGCCAGCCAGACCCGUUUUUCAUCAAGGUGAGCUCGGCCGUCCCCCCAGAAUCCCCCGGCUUCGCCCCCGCCGUCUGCUCGGUCCCACCUCCGCCUUGA